AUGAUGGUCGCCAGCUUUGCUGGGGAAGGCGAAGUGAGCAAUAAGCCGAGGUCAAGAUGGUCCCCAGGGUUUGCUUUGGCGGAGGAGGUGCAACACCACAACCUUCUCUUCAUGGAUGAUAAUGCUCAUCACAUCUCGCCAGAAUUGUCGCAGCUCAACUUCAGGAAGUCAGAGUGUUUCAUAUGGUAUGGCCAGCAAUGUCCCCAUGACCUGAAGCCCAAAGAACAUGUCUGGGACCAGCUGAAGCAGAGACUCUAUGAUAGUAGCACACCCCCAUGUGACCUGGCAGAACUGCGUGUAGUACUUGUGGAAGAGAUGAAC